GCGGAUAAGAGCAGCAGCGGCGGCGACGGCGCUCCAGAGGCGCGCGCGCCCCGUCGGAGCUGGUCUGUGCGCUGGUUCAGCCGCGGGCGACAGGGGAGAGGUGCCGGCACUUGGGGACUCUCGCGCUGCUCCACUGCAGGGGUGCAGGAUGUCGCCUCUGUCGCGGCGGUGGCCGCUGCUGCUGCUCGUCUCCGCUGUCGCCGCCUACAUCAGCCCGACGCCGGAGCCGCCCGGCGCCGUGCUCUACGAUCGCUCGUGGCCGUACCCGGCCUCUGGCGGCGAUAGCUGGCCGCCGAACCCCUGGGGUCGGCGCCUCUGGCGGCGGGCCGCGGGGGCCGGAGCGGCGCCGCGCCCCGCGUACCGCGGCGCUGUGGGACAGCCACACUGGAUGCCGCCCCAGUUCUUGCAAGGCGCGGACGCGGAGCGUGGGUUACAGCGGGUCCUGUCGAGGCAGCGCAGGAAGCACGGCCGCCCUCAGCGCUGGAACAUUGCGCGCCUGUGCGAGGAGCGCGGCGAAUGCACGUGUUACAGCCAGAAGACGCGCGCCACCUACUGCUGCGACUGCGAGUGGGGCUCCUGCUUCCCCGGACAGGCUGGGGUUGCGCUGGAGGGCGGCCAGCUCCGGCGCAUGGACCGGCUGGCGGCCGGUGACCGCGUGCUGACAGUGACCUCCGGCGGCGAGCUGACGCCGACCACAGUGCUUGGCUUCCUGGACCGGCGACCCCAAGCCACCGGCGAGUACCUGCACCUUCAGCUGGCCAGCGGGCACCAGUUGCGGCUCUCGGCCAAUCACGUCACGUUCACGCGAAGCGGGGGUGGCGUCUACGCCAGCCAGGUGCAACCUGGUGACGAGCUGCUCGUCGCCGCCGCCAACAGCACCAGCUACAGCCCGGUAGUCAGCGUCCAGUACUCCAUCAUGAAGGGAGCGUUCGUGCCUCUGACGGAACACGGCACUCUGCUAGUGGACGGUGUCUGGGCCUCCAACUACGCCUCGUUCCCGCACGCGCUGAGCCACGCGCUGACAACGCCGUUCCGUCUCUGGCCGGCGCUGUUGUCCGAGAGGUUCGUCGUCGCCGACAAGAACGUGCUGGUGGAUGGCCUGAAGCGGCUCGGUCGGCUGACGCUGGGGGCGUACAGCGGCGGGGUGCUCCGUUUGGUCUCGCCCUGAGCACCAGUCGGCGGCGCCGCGCGGAGGGGUACGCCGCGGCUCGGUUGUCUGACGUUGGGGGCCUACGGCGGCGGGGUGCUCCGUCUGGUCUCGCCCUGAUCACCAGUCGGCGGCGCCGCGCGGAGGGGUGCGCCGCGUGGAGGUCGCUCUUAGCGCACCAGGGGGAGGAGAUCAUCCAGUGUGGUGGGUUAUAGCCACGUGCGGGUACAGAAUCAGGGCGGGCUUUACUACGCUUGCAUUGAUUUUAUUUGGGUAAUGUAAUAUGUUUUGAGCCGUAGUUUUCCGAUUUUGUGGUGGAUCUCAGUACAUUUGCACUGACAAGCGUGAGCCAGAUGCCGUUGCCAGAUUGCUUGCACGUUCUUGAUAUAUUACUUUUUAAAAAAUGUGUUUGCAUUGCUUUGUAGUGGUGUGUAGCUUUAGUAUGGUGCAUUGUUACGAUAAGUAAAGCUCCUGUUUUAUGCGUUUUAUUUCAGUCACUGCGUGUCGUCUGAACGUUUAUCUUAUUGCAACUCUUCGAAAACAUUAGACGCCCAUUUUGCUUAAUUUGUCGUCACCUACAACAGCAUAUCAUAUGUAAGGCUAAUCGACAGCGGUUGUGUGGAGCGGCGAUCAAUCCAACAGUCCAGCUCACCGCGGCGUAAAAGCUACGCUUAGGCGAUCUCUACUAUGUGAUUUGCAGCGACUGGCGGCAGCCAGAAAAUGUGAAUGUUGCAAACAGUUAUCUCGCGUUUGUUGUAUUUACACACAUAUGGCUCUUUCAAAAGACAAUAAAAUACAAUAACAAUAUGAUUAGUCUAUAAGACUGGGAACCCCAGAAGGUAGCGCCAGGGAAUGCUUUGAUUAACGGUUCGAGCAGGCUGUUCGCCGAUCCAAGCAGCGUCGUGUCUGAAUCAUCCUCUGAACUUCCCCACUCUUCCAGUUCCACCAGUGUCUCAGGCAUACCGUAGCUCUCUCGCGUUAUCCCUCAGUCCCCUCAGGUCCUGGCCGGUUUGUACC